AUGGCGAAACCUAUCUUCUGUGCCACGCAUCCGCGUGCGUGUAGCACGGCUUUUGAACGUGUGUUCAUGACCAGGAAAGACCUGUCGUGUGUUCAUGAACCAUUUGGUGAUGCAUUCUAUUACGGGCCGGAGAGAAUGAGCAGCCGUUUUGAGAACGAUGAAGAGGCGAGGAAGGCCUCUGGGUUCAGUGAUUCGACCUACAAGACGAUUUUUGAUCAAAUAGAUCGCGAAGGAUCCGAGGGCAAGCGUGUCUUCAUCAAGGACAUCAUCUACUAUCUGUUGCCUCCUGACGGCCAGCCCGCCCGCAUUGCGCCAUCCCUGCUGCCCAAGAGACGCGGCAUCGGAACAGAAUUCUCGAGCACAGCCAAUGGAACGGACACCGUCAACGGAACCAGCAACGGUGGUGACCAUGUUCGUAAGCCUCCGUUUCCCUAUCCGACCGAGGCGGAACCAGGGAAUCCUACCGUCGUGCCAAAAGCGAUGUUGGAAAAAUUCCACUUCACCUUCCUCAUCCGCGACCCGCACUCCAGCGUUCCGUCGUACUAUCGUUGCACCAUUCCCCCACUGGACAAAUUGACCGGCUUUUAUGACUACUACCCGAACGAAGCCGGAUAUGAUGAGCUUCGGCGAUUCUUUGACUUCACCCGAGAAUCCGGCUUGGUCGGACGCAAGGUUGCUGGCCGAGACGACGACGCUACGAAUGGCGAUGCAAAUCUGCCAGAGACCUGCCUCAUCGAUGCUGAUGACCUGUUGGAUGAUCCGGAAGGUAUCCUAAGGGUCUAUUGCAAGAGCGUCGGACUCGAAUUCACCCACGACAUGCUGAAUUGGGACAACGAAGAGGAUCAGAAGCGUGCGAAAGCGGCAUUCGAAAAGUGGAAAGGCUUUCAUGAGGAUGCCAUCGAGUCGAAAGAUCUCAAGCCGAGGGCUCAUAAAAAAGCUGCCAGAAGCGAAGCUGAAUGGGACGCCGAGUGGGAGAAGAAAUAUGGCAAGGAAGCUGCCAAAGUCAUCAGAGAGACUGUGGACGCGAACAUGGAACACUACCACUAUUUGAAGCAGUUCGCUCUGAAGGCUUGA